GUCAACUACAUCAUCUCGAGAUAAGGCAGCAAGAAGGCUGAAAUCGCAAGGCUACGACGAAAACACCGACCGACCGCCCUGUGCAACUUUACCAGAUCAAAGAUACGCCCCUUGACCUGCAUAAUCGACGUCAACGAAAACCAACGAAAACACGGACAGAGAACUACUCUCUAUCCCAGCGUCACCAUCGAUAACAAAUCUCGCGACAAAGACACAAUGGCGCCCAACGGUCCUGAGCCUGUUAGCUCGACCAGGCUGCGGCAAAUUGCGUCCGACGCCUGCCAAAGCGCAAUCGGCAGCGCAGACUUCUACGAGCACUCUAAAGUGGACGGCUGGAACUCUACCAUCAUCAGCUCAAUCCUGCGGUCUCUCAUCUCCGAGUCGACCCCGUCGAGCUCCGCGGCGCCCGCCCACAAGUUCGUCGUCAACAGCACCAUAGUCCAACACCUCGUCCCAACAUCGGCCCUGAACCGGGCCAAGGGGGGCAGCGAGACCAAGGACGAGGAACCGCACAUCAGCACGAGCGACGGCCCGACAGCCACGGAUGGCAAGCCCCAUGUCGGCCGACGCGGCAUGCACUCGGCAACCCAGGCCUUCUGGAACGAGAAGACGGACGGCAUGUGGAGCUUCAAGUACGAUGGCGGAGAGGGCAAGGGCAUGGACGUCGUUAUCAGUGUCAUUUGGAUCGCCGUAUAAAGUGGCUGCUAUCCAGCAGAGAUGAUUUUGCUGUUGGAUAUUACAGGCACAUUGAACCUCUUCCGAUAAUGACCGGCAUUAGUCCGCAAGCUAUGCCGUUUCUUCGAUACCCAGCUUUUGGACGUGCAGGAUGCCAUCAGGAUGAGAGGCCAGCGCCACGCUUGAAG